UCUUUGUCCUUACAGUCCGUCUUAUGCGUCCAGUAUGAGCGGGGGUUUAGCACCAAGCAAAAGCACAGUGUAUGUGUCUAACCUGCCUUUCUCUCUUACCAACAACGAUCUUCACAAGCUCUUCACCAAGUAUGGAAAAGUUGUCAAGGUCACAAUUGUCAAAGAUAAGGUCUCUCGACAGAGUAAAGGGGUGGCGUUUGUUCUCUUCCUCGACAGAGAAUCAGCUCAUAACUGUGCACGAGCAGUGAACAACAAGCAGUUGUUUGGCAGAACAGUCAAGGCGAGCAUUGCAGUCGACAACGGACGGGCAACUGAGUUUAUAAGAAGGCGGAACUACACAGACAAGACUAAAUGUUAUGAAUGUGGGGAUACAGGUCAUCUGAGCUACGCUUGCCCCAGUAACAUGCUCGGAGAAAGGGAACCCCCGAAGAAGAAAGAAAAGAAAAAGAAAAAGGCUAAAAAACCUGAGCAUGUUGAAGAAGAAGAAGAAGAAGAAAGUGAAGAAGAGGGAGAGGACCCAGCAUUAGAUAGUCUGAGUCAAGCUAUAGCUUUUCAGCAAGCUCGUAUUGAGGAAGAGGAGACACAAAGGAAGCCGGCACCUGCUUUGUCUCAAGAAGCACACACUUCAACAGACCCAGAUUCUAAAAAACCAAGGAUUAAGAAGAGCGCAUACUUCAGUGAUGAAGAGGAGCUCAGUGACUAAUAAUUAUGAUGACUAACAUCUAUUCAGCACCUAAUUGUUUUGUAAAUAUGGGUUUGGUUUUUUUGUGGUGUGUUGUGUUACAUUAUUUGUCAUUCGAGCGCUGAGACAUUUGUUUACAGAAGUACUGUAAGAAUGGUGAUUGUGUGUGAGAUUUUAAAAAUAAUAACAUUUAUUAAAACAAUGAGUCUUUAUUAUGACAAA